AUGACUCCUGUCCUCUCAAUCCUGCUGUGCCUUGGGCUGUGUCUGUGCAAGAGGACAAGGACCCAGGCAGCAGAUGAACUCCGCAAACCCUCCCUCAGGGCAGAGAAUAGUUCUUUGGUGCCGGAGGGGGAAACUGUGACCCUCAGGUGCAGGGCAUCAUGGGAGGCUGAAAAGUGGAAGCUUGAGAAAAGAGGAGAAUCUGGAUGGUCACAGAUCAAAUCUGUAAGAGGAGCUGGGGAUGAGGGCGAGUUUUCCCUCCUAUCUGUGACAUCAAGUAAUGCAGGGACUUACCGGUGCCUCUAUUCAUACUGUUUAUACAAACAAGGACAUUCAUUCUCCUUGUGGUCAGAGUGCAGUGACCCCCUGGAGCUUGUGGUGACAGACCUCUCUCCCCCGCCCUCCCUGGCAGCCCUGCCCAGCUCUGAGGUGGCCCCAGGACAGAACGUGACCCUGCAGUGUGGGUCAGAGCAAUGGUAUGGCUGGUGUGUCCUGUACAAGGAUGGAGAAGAGAUCAGCCGCAGCAGGACUCAACGCCAUGAAAGGGGGCGUCUGGCUGACUUCUUCUUCCCUGCUGUGAAUCUGACCCACGAUGGCACUUACCGAUGCUACGGCUUUCAUAGUUCUUCCCCCUAUCUAUGGUCCUCCCCCAGCGCCCCCCUGGUGCUCAGGGUCUCAGAUGCUGCUGCCCAGGAUUACACUGUGGGCAAUCUGGUCCGCCUCAUCCUGGCUGGGCUGGUCCUCAUCCUCCUGGGGGUCCUGCUGGCUGAGCACUGGAAGAGCUCCAGGGGGCAACCUAUCCAGGGAGUCCUUGACUGA